AUGAUAUGUAACUUUCCUCCACCACUACAAGCUCCGCCCGUGGCUCUGCCGCCACCGACUUCUACUGCUGGACCCCUCUCGCCCCAUUCUUCCGCGCCCCGCACUAUUGUCAUUCAGCGACCUGACGCUAGGCACGGUUUUGGUUUCACGUUAAGGCAUCUGGUUGUUUACCCACCGGACUCUUUACAGGAGUUAUACGAGGAUGCCCGUCACCUGGCCGUGGGCGCAGUGGGCGCGCCCAUGGACACGAUCUUCGUGAGGUCGGUGCGGGCGGGUGGACCAGCAGCGGUAGCGGGCCUCCGAGCGGGCGACCGGGUGCUGGCGGUCAACGGCGAACCCGUGGCCUGUGGGCGCUCGCGGGCGCCCUACGCGAGAGUCGUGCAACUGGCGCAGAGGGAGCCAAGAGUGCUACGAUUAACUGUCGUGCCGAGAGAUCACGAUCUAUUACAGAGGUAUUUCAGUGAAGCAGCCUACAACCCUGAAACGAAUCAGCGGCCCAUAGAGAUGCCGGCUCCAAUCACAGAGCACGAAUCGCGGCUAUUCGACGCCUACAGGCGUCCAAGAGCCAGUCUUCCUGCCUUGCCUGGCCCACAAGCCCCCGCAAGGAUGAGAGAGGAUCCAGAAUACGCGACAGUAGCACCCCAUCCACAGAGGUUUGAUGCCAGAUUAACCAACGCGCCGCAUUAUAUCAUACACGAUGGAAGACGGGAGUCUGACAUAUCCCUGCCAUCAUCAGCCACAGAAAGCAAAGACAGUCUCGGCUCCUUCGACUCGAACUCAACACUGACGGGCCGAGAACUGGACGAUUCGAUAAUCCUCUCCCGAAUACGAAAGAGCCUCGAGCAGAAAGAGGCUUUUCUCAGACGUCCCAGUCAACCCACAGGAUGGGUCACCCCGGACGUGCCACCUCCGAUCAAACAGAAGGAGUUCUACGCUCGACCACAAAAGCUACAGAAGCCAGCUUGGCCUCCACCCCCUUCUUCUCCACCGCUUGCAUCUUCUCCUCCUCCCCACCAACCAGCCACCGAGCAGAGAAGAGAAGAUUGCGCCACAAGCGUGGACAGUGGCACCUACAGCGCCUAUGGAGAAGUCAACGGCAUGGAUAAAAAGCUCAAACAAGAUAGAAGCCAGUUUGUGGCGACGUUGUCCAACAUACAAGAGACAGCGCCGUAUCAAAGCAAUAAUGUUGGAACUAUGAAUGGAACUAAUAACGAUAGCAAAGAAGAAAUGGCGACUAACCAGGAUAAUAGAUAUCCAGUACCUGAACUGCAACUUGUAACAGCCAGAACGCGGCAGCUAGAAGAAGCCCGUGGUGUAGGAGAAAAAAGAACAGAAGUGGCUCGAAGUGAGUUAGCCCGGCUUUCCACAACUCGGCUGGAACCUAGUGUGGCACUCAGAAGAAAAGAGUUUGAGACCAGAGCCAAUAGAAGAGAAGCUAGAUCGUUAGAUGUGCAACCGCAACAAGAGUUAGAACAUGAGUCAGCCCCCCUGGGCGGAAGCUUGUCCGGCAACCAAUUGAUGAUCACCGGCAGCAAACACCUGCAUUGUCCACCUCCAGACGGAUAUGUGCCCGAAACGGAAAAGGUUCAAAUGCGAACGAGGUCAAACAGUACCGGAAGUGAAGGAUUACCUAUUAGAAGACAUCAUGCCACAGAUGGCAGUCACGCGAAGAGACGUAUGGGGCUGAACAGAGAACAAAUGGAGGCGAUGAAUCAGGUUUCGCUGGGGCACGAGGGCCACCAGGGGCAUUCGGGGGUCGAGGGGCACCACACGAGGCACUGGCCGCAAAGACCCACGCAGCUGAGCCUGGCGCCUUCACCCCCCGCCUCGGCUGCCACUUCGCCAUCACCCACGCCAAGCACUCCCGCGGAUUCAGGUUUUGCUGACGAUCUUGUUACGAGACGACAGAAGAAGGAUGCACAAAUGGGGGAAGAAGAACGUGCAAUGAGAAGAGUCUCUUACUUAAAAGCAACUUGGGGUGAUCGGUUGCACCUAGACGGCGACGUGGAGCCAGAAGUCGAUCUUCACGCGUUGAGAAGUGCUUACCGCAAGUGGCGCCCCCCUCGAUUCGCCGACGACAUUACUCCGUUGCUGAGAAUUUUCGACCCCCAAGCGACAGGUUCCAUUCGUUCAGAAAAGAAGAGUGAAGAAACAGAGGAGAAUGAGCAAGCUUCUGAAGGAGAUGUACAAGGGAAUGUUCAAGUCAAAAUGGUAGUCAGUAAUGGAAAGCGCGCCAGCGACAGAUCGUGGAAGCAAGUAUGGGCGGUACUCCAUGGCACCAAGCUGUACCUGUAUAGACAUCAUCCUAGUCAGAUCAAAGUGAGUCGGAAGACAUUUCAAUAUGAAAUUGGGACUUCCCAGAAAGUAAAAUGGUUUAAUGGCGAAAUAUAUGCUUGGAAUAUAUUAAGGAAUGAUUUAUCUCUUAACUCGCUUGCUCCUGGUAUACCGAAAGAGAAGUAG